AUGUCGGCUCUGAAGGCAAGCAAUGGAUACGAAGUGAAAGCAUUGAAAGCACAGCUCAAGACAUCCAACGACUCAAUGGAAGCAAUUGCUGAAGAGAUCAAUCAUUUGAAACAAAGCAAUCAACAAAUGGUCACAGAUUUGAGUGAAGUGUUGGCAUUGAAAGCACGGCUCAAGACAUCCAACGACUCAAUGGAUACUCAGAUCAAGGAUUUGAGGCAAAAAAUUUGUGAUCCAGAAAUGGUCGCACCGUUUAGUGAAUUGUUGGCCAAAACAAGUUGUUUAACUGAAGAGUUGUUGGCUCUGAACACAAGCAAAGGAUACGAAGUGAAAGCACAGCUCAAGUCAGCCAUGGAUUCAAUGCAGACAAUGGAGAAAGCGAUCAAUGAAUUGAGAGAAAUGUUUUUGAUCUUUGAUAAAAGGGAUUCAAUGAGUGAUUCGUCGUCCAGUUGUUCAUCGAUCGGAUCCCACAAUAAAAUGACCACUAAUUCAGACAAUAUUCAGGAAAUGUUGACUGAAAUCGGGAAUCAAAACAAAAUAACAAACAAUUUAUUGAAGGCUUUAGUGAUAGAGAAGGAGAUAUCGCUGACAGCACUCCAAGACGUCAGACAAUCGGCCGAAGACUCGGAGGACAGCGAAUCCAUAGUUGUUGUCGACUCACAUCACGAAUAA